AUGAAUACUGAAUGGUUCAUGUGUGAUUAUAGCAUAAGCCUGAAAGCCAAAGCUUCCAGGUUUCAUUCGUGUUCUUGCUACUGCCCCUUCUGUUUAUCUUAGGUAGGUGGUCUCAUUUUCUUUCUUCCCCCAUGUAGAUGGUAGAAAACUGUUCUUGGAAGCUGCAGCUUAGUACUACUAGAUGCUUUCAGAUUCUCAGCUAAAGUAGUUAAAGAAGGAUAUGUAAUAAUCAUUUGGUUAUUAGGAUUAAGGAGCUUGAACAGACAGAGCCUGACUAAUAAUAGUUUCUCUACCUACAAGCUCUUUACACAAGAGCUGCCGAGACAGUUGAUUAGAGAGCUAGUAAAUCAUUUUAUGCUAACUGGCUUCUCAGUGGGAUGCAAUAAUAAACAAUGGCUUAUGCCUGGAACUUAUUCUGGCAUCCAGUCUAGAGCUUACUGGACCCUGCUUUGGCUGAAUCAAUGCUCAUUAAUGAGCUCAGUGGCAAAACUUUGUGGUCCCAAGACAAAACUUGGAGAAGAAGCCUAAAGACCUGCUGUAUUAGUGAAUUGUCUUUGACCAUGUCAAACUCUUGAGGGUUAGUGUCUCUUGGGAACUUUGAGAUGUUUCUAGGUUUUGACUUAUCCUUUUUGCGGUCCGGAAUGAGUAGGUGGCCAAUCGCCACCUUUUUGACUUUUGAGUUAGUUUGCUAGGUGAUUAAAUGAUUAAUCCCUUGUGUUCUGUGUGGUUGGCAUGUAUCCAGGAUGUCAUCACCUCAGCAUACCUCUGGUCUGCUGGUAGUUCUUAUGGCCCUUGUUGUCAGUGUGUGGGCUGAAGAGGUGAAAGAGAAGAGCUGUGAUGUGAUUGGUGAUGAGAGCAGCGAAUCGCAAAUGGAAAAAGCCCUGCUGAAGAAACUAGAACCUCUGAGCCAAAUGAGGUUUAACAAGACUGUGGAGCUAGGCACAACAGAAAAUUACACCUAUCACUUCAGGGUGUGCAGGGAGGUCGACAGCUCCUUGCAUGAUUUUGCUGGCCUAGUACAAAUUGAUAGAAAGACUGGAAAGACUACAGUGGUAGGAAGAAUCAAUGAAACCCAGGUCUUCAAUGGAAGUGACUGGAUCAUGCUAAUUUAUAAAGGGGGUGACUCAUAUGGUAGACACUGCAGUGGCGAGAAGAGAAGAGCUGUGAUAAUGAUUUCUUGCAAGCAGGGGAUUACAGCGAGUUCAUUCAACAUUAUUUCGGAAGAGAGAGAAAAGGAGCAGGAGUGUUUCUACCUCUUUGAGAUGGACAGCAGUGUGGCCUGCCCAGCUGAGGAUUCCCACCUGAGCGUUGGCUCCAUUCUGCUAAUCAUUUUUGCUUCACUAAUUGCAUUCUACAUCAUCGGUGGGUUCCUCUACCAGCGCCUAGUGGUAGGAGCUAAGGGCAUGGAGCAGUUUCCUCACUUUGCCUUCUGGCAGGAUCUGGGCAAUUUGGUGGCGGAUGGCUGUGACUUUGUGUGCCGAUCUAAGCCUCGAAAUGCACCAGCUGCAUACCGUGGUGUAGGUGAUGACCAGCUAGGUGAAGAGUCAGAAGAACGGGAUGACCACUUGCUGCCAAUGUGAUAGGCUUUCAACGCUUUUUUUUUUUUUUUCUCUCACCAUCUUCCUGGUGCUUGUUUAGCCAGGCACCUCCCAGACAGUUCUCCUCUCACUUUUGAUUUUCUUUAAAUUACUUGCUUUCGCUGUUUCUGGUGUGUCAUGUUUGUGGCAUCAUGAAAGCCUCUGGAUAUGAGCACCACUGGUCCCUGAAGGCAUGUCUGAGGAAUAUAAUGCUGUUUUAGGCUUUCAAGGAAUGCAGCAGAGCUGAGGGGAAAGUGUGUUGAGAGUGGAAUAGGAGGCAGCAAAAAUGCAUAUUCAGCAUUCAGUAUUGAGCAGGCUUGGGAGAUGAAUUAUUGAGAAGGGCAUAGAUGGGUGCAAAGAGGGGGUGGGAAAGGAGACAGUGGGUUAAAACAGCGGAGAUUCUAGGAGAAGCCUUUUGUGUCUCUCCUCUAAGGCUUACUAGAUCUGUAAGAACACUGGCUUUAUUCUUCAAAUGCAUUUUCAGCUUUUCUGGCUUCUGCACUGUUAUGCAAGCCAUUUUCUGCAAGCAUAACCUGCACCGAGUGCUCUAUGCCAAACUCUUUGGGGAUGGAAGAGGCAUUAGCACUUCUACAGUUUUUCCUUUUCCUAGUGGUAAUGUGUUGAAAAGUUGAAAAUCCACCAGUUUUCUUUAAGAGAUGCAGAGAUGUAGACCAUCAAUAGGUAUUGUUUCAGACUGGAAAGGGACAAUGCUAGAAAACUAUGGGAGUCAGAAUACUGUUUCAUGACUUUCUUCAGUGAAAAUGACAUCUUGGUCUCCUCAAUCACUAGGAAGCCAAAGGAAACAGUGUGCUGCUAAGGGGGUGUGUAUUGAAAGUGAAACUGAAAUCAGGGCAAAAUGAGGAAGUUAGAGGGAACUGCAAUUCGGGUUGUUAAAAGCCUUCCUGAGGUUAACUGCCCACACAGCUCGGUCACUGUCAGAAUUCUGAUCAUAUGCUUUCUGAAGUUUCAUCAUCUGGUAGAGGAUUUUUCUGUGAAGCUACUAGAUUCCCCUUUAUAAAAAGGAAAUACAGAAGCCAAGGAUAAGCAUACUAGCACAUAAAAAACUGCAUAAGGGACCCCUGCGCUUACAGAGUCAGCUUGGAUAAACCACUGUCCCCCUAAGCAUGUUUCAGGUUAAUCUUA